UGCGUUUAAGGCGUGGCUUCUGGGGCGCCUGAAGGAGACUUGGGGUCGGCUGAGCAGUUUCCCUCGGGCGGUUUGGGAGUCUCCGUUGUCGCAGCUUCUUGCGCUCCAUGAGGAAGAUGCUGGCCGCUGUCUCCCGCGUGUUGUCUGGCGCUGCCCAGAAGCCGGCAAGCAGAGUGCUGGUGGCAUCCCGUAAUUUUGCAAAUGAUGCUACCUUCGAAAUUAAGAAGUGUGACCUUCACCGGCUGGAAGAGGGCCCUCCUGUCACGACCGUGCUCACCAGGGAGGAGGGGCUCCAGUACUACAGGUCGAUGCAGACUGUGCGCCGAAUGGAGUUAAAGGCAGACCAGCUGUAUAAGCAGAAGAUAAUCCGUGGUUUCUGUCACUUGUAUGAUGGUCAGGAAGCUUGCUGUGUGGGCCUGGAGGCCGGCAUAAAUCCCACGGACCACCUCAUCACGGCCUAUCGGGCUCACGGCUUUACCUUCACUCGGGGCCUUUCUGUCCGCGAGAUUCUCGCAGAGCUCACAGGGCGAAGAGGAGGCUGUGCUAAGGGGAAAGGAGGCUCAAUGCACAUGUAUGCCAAGAACUUCUACGGGGGCAACGGCAUCGUCGGCGCUCAGGUGCCCCUGGGAGCUGGGAUUGCCCUGGCCUGUAAGUAUAACGGAAAAGAUGAGGUCUGUUUGACUUUGUAUGGUGAUGGCGCUGCUAACCAGGGUCAGAUAUUCGAAGCUUACAAUAUGGCAGCUUUGUGGAAGUUACCUUGCAUUUUCAUCUGUGAGAAUAACCGCUACGGAAUGGGAACAUCGGUUGAGAGGGCCGCAGCCAGCACCGAUUACUACAAGAGAGGCGACUUUAUUCCUGGACUGAGGGUAGAUGGAAUGGAUAUCCUGUGUGUCCGAGAGGCAACAAAGUUUGCAGCUGCCUACUGUAGAUCCGGGAAGGGCCCCAUCCUGAUGGAGCUGCAGACUUACCGUUACCAUGGACACAGUAUGAGUGAUCCUGGAGUCAGCUACCGCACCCGAGAAGAGAUUCAGGAAGUGAGAAGUAAGAGCGAUCCCAUCAUGCUUCUCAAGGAUAGGAUGGUGAACAGCAACCUUGCCAGUGUGGAAGAAUUAAAGGAAAUCGACGUGGAAGUGAGGAAGGAGAUUGAGGAUGCUGCCCAGUUUGCCACGGCGGACCCGGAGCCCCCGCUGGAGGAACUCGGCCACCACAUCUACAGCAGCAACCCUCCUUUUGAAGUUCGCGGUGCCAAUCAGUGGAUCAAGUUUAAGUCAGUCAGUUAACGAGAGACCACAGCAACUGCACAGAACCCCGUUCCCAGCUGUCAGUAAGACUAAAGGGCAUGGAGGGGAAAGGGAGAGUACUUGCAUGCAGUUUGUACAUUGUUCCCUUACGAGAUGAAAUAGGAAUGUUAAGUAGUUAGUGUGAAGAUAGGGCAGUCUAGAGAUUAACCUUUCCCUAAAUUUUAGUUUUGUACUUUGAACAACUUGGAAGAGCCACUCCUUGUAUGCUACCAUUUGAAGGCUAAGAGCUCAUUGCCUGCCCUGAGGGGCCAGUGCUGCGUUCCCCUCGUGACCUGGCCCUAAGGAGAGUAUUACAGCCGGCAGGAAGACAAUUCUAAUUAUUUCAAAAGCCAAGUGAUGAACUUUAUUCCCAUUCAUACAUUCUUAAUAGUUAUGGACGUAGUACCCUAGUUACUAUGUAAAAUCCAGAGCAGCCCUUGUGCUUGGCAACCAGUGGUGGAGGGAGCCCCCUCCCACCCCCGGAGGCUGUCAAAAUGGAGGUGCAUCAAUCUUAAAAACGGGUUUACACAACAACAUUUGAGGGCCGUUUUUACAACAGCAUUGCUGUGUAAACGGACCAGAAUUGUGGGGACAGUCAGAGGCACUUUCACAACAACGGUGGAUGGAGGGGAUUUGCUCACUCUGUCGCCGUCAGCCUACUUGCUGGCCGCCGAGGACUGCUGAGGCCGUCUUCUGUACUGGGAGACGGCGUUCCAGAGCCUGCAGAGCAGCCCGCCGCUAGGAAGGCAACGGGAGACGGGUCAGGAGCCUUCUGGCAAAAGGGACUUCAGACAGUUCGUGGAAAAACAAUGUGGGUCGGGCUCAUGCAGCUGGGAGGCAGCAGAUGCUGGCCAGCCCAGCCCCAGCUGUUGUGGGCAUCUGACAAGCCAAUGACUGCCUUUAGCACUUAAAACCCUGAAAGGCAAAGUUGCAAGAGCUACACCUAGUUCAUACCAUGCAUAUGGCUUUCAAGUUUUUUGUACUUUUUUUUUUUUUAAGAUGGCAGAGCACAGCUCACUCUCCAAGUGCCUGCAAUAGCUGGGGCAGGGGCCCAAGCACGUAAGUCAACAUCUGCUGCGUUAACCGGAAGCUGAAGCAGAGCAGCCAGGACUUGAACUGCCCUAGGGAUGGCCACAUCACCAAGAAGUAGCUUAACCUGCUGCGUGACAGUGCUGGCCCUUACACCAUUAAUUCCAUGUUCCACAGACUCUUUGACAAAUAGUCUCUGCAUGUUUGCAGGUGGCCCCCGGCGGCAGGAGGGAGAUAGCACGGGAGUGCAGGUUAGAGUGUGCUGGCACGAGGCUGAACUGUGUACCUUCCUGCUUCAGGUUCAGCCACAGCUUGACAAACCUGGCAAAAUGCCUGACUGGAAGGGGGGGGGGGGGCGGGGAGCUCGUCUUCCGACCAAGCUACAGCAAAGGGAAUUAACGUAGAAAGUUAUCAGGACGCUUUCUGCUACGUCCAGGUAUAGGCAGAGGGAGAAGGUAACGGGUUCUCGCACAGAGCGCUCUGAGGCUCUUACCGUAGGCGCAGAUAGCUGAGAUCCUCCUUGGUGACAUCUUGCGGCACGUCGGAAAGCAUAUAGCCCUCUUCCACAAUCUGAAACGCAGGCGAGGUCGGUAAGGGCAGAGGCGCGCGGCGGCCCCGCGGCAGCAGUAGCUUUCGAGCUGCACAUACCUUGGCGAUGGCAUCUGCGUCCUGCAGGUGCAGCCAGCCCAGGAGCUCCUGAUCCGCGCUCUGCCCUGGGGAGGGCCCGGGGCGCUCGCCAUUCCCUGUAAGGAUUCGGAAUUCGUUGCACAUGAAUGUCUAGUCACAAAACUCCCAAAGUAGCAAGCCGGAUGUAAUAAACUGUCAGACUGCA